UGUAAUUGUCUAAGUAAAAUGAAAUCUCACUACCAUGUAGAGUUCCAUUGUACACGGAUAUUAGUGUUAUCAAAAUCGCCCUCUUGAAUAAUGCAAUAGACAACCAUAUAGAGUUGUUGAGUGUUAGUAGAAAGCAAAAUUGGUACUGCUUGUAACAAUGCCGUCGUAUUUAUGAGCGGCUGCUGCUAUGGUCGCUUGUGUCUCAGCCUGGUUUGGAUUAAAUCUACAGCCAUUUACCUUGAACACCCUCAGGCUCCAGCAACAAUUUGCUACCACAACAGCUCCGAAAGCACCGCCAGGGCCGUUCACCUUCCACAAACUCAGUCUGCAAUGGCCACCUGCUGCAUGUAACUCUGGCCAGAUGACUUGCAAACCACCUAUCCCUCGCGAAUUCACCAUCCAUGGUAUAUGGCCACAAUAUAGCAAUGACAAUCAAGUGCCCCCUUACAAUCCAAUUACAAAUCGUUGUACCAAUGUCACACCUACUCCUGCCAGUAAUCUCCUAAAUGAGCUGAAUCCAAUUCUAAACAACUUAUCAUCACUAUGGCCUAACUUAACGGAUCCUCAGGACUUGAGCUCAAACCUCAAAUUUUGGGAACAUGAAUGGAAAAAGCAUGGAAUGUGUUCUGAUUACCCUGACCAACCUCGUGACUACUUCAACUCUGCCUUACAGCUCAGGAGAGGCUUAAAUCCAGGUGACUAUUUCUAGUAUAUACUUAAUUAAACCUCACUCUUUUAUGAACCAAAUAGCUGGGAACUCAUGUUACUUCCACUUCCUAACAUAUUUUCUCUGAUAUGCUUUAA